AUGGCCUCCUCGCUCACGGUGCAGCUGUCGCAAAUAGCGGCGACCUCGACGCACCAGCUUGAUUUGAAAGCCCAAAGGAUUGCUCACUCGAAAUCUUUGCUGUUUGAACAGAGGAAUGCGGUGUCCCAGAGCUUUGACACUAUUUACCAAAUAUGUUAUGAAGGCUUUCAGGAAUUAUGCGCACUGGAUCCACGGUUUGCGAGAUUCCGGCGUACGAUAUUUAACGAACAGAGCAAGACCGAGGAUAGGCUUGAAAUGAAUGCAGAACAAAAUAAAGAACUAGAUAUUGUUUUGGAGGAAUUCCUGGCACUUGUUGGUAGCCGCCUUCUACUGCAGCCUGCUAUCAAAUCGGUUGAGUGGCUUGUUCGUCGUUUUCGAGUUCACGAGUACAAUACCGAUUUUGUCUUACUCACAUUCCUCCCAUACCACACAACCGACUUAUUCAAGGUACUGCUGUCGAUUCUGCCUGAAAACCUCCCGCCCACUUUCAAAGUUUUAAACCCCUAUAGGCGGAGUUUGACCUUGCCACCUCGACAUCCAAUUGUCCAUAGCGCCUCAACGAAUAAACUCUUUUUUUCUGCUCUAAAUAAUUAUGUUUUGCAAGUCAGCAAGGCUCAGGCCCAUUAUCAAGGGCUUCUAUCUUUUUGGGCUGGCGUCACCGCAGAAGCAGUAGCUAACAUGUUGGACGCCGCGAACUCUGGAAGACGAGAGGUGGAAAAAAGGAAUCAGGAAGAUGUUUUGCUCCAGAUACUUCCGGUUCUACAUACCGGAUUUGGACUACCAAAAGUCCCUGAACUUGUCAUCGGUUGUUACAUGCUCUGUGUUGUUAUCGCUAAUAAAACAUUGCUUGAAGAUAAUGUGUUGGACGGGCUCAUGGAGGCUGUCGCCGGAACUUGGACUCAGGAGACUAUCUUGGCAGGGUUGACAUGCUUAUCAGUCCUGGGGCAACACAAGACUUCACAGGGACUUCCUCGGAAUGUUGUUAAGUCUAUCACUCGUUUCGAAAACUCCCUUGACAUGAUUGCUGAGCUCCGCACACGAUACUCUAUGACAGGAUUACUUCUUGGUUUGAUAAAUGGAUGCACCAAGGACAUUAGUAACCAGAAGGAUUUGACUCCCUUACAGUUAGUUGACGACAUUAUACAGCGCGACAUUUUAGAGUCAGAUGCUUUGAUUCAGGCAAUGGUUACUAUUCUUCAAGCAGCCAACGAUUUGCAAAGGUCCGGCCUUAUGAUCGAAGAGAGUCGGUCAAUCCUCUCAGGAAUGAUCCAGCACUUUACUGAGUCAGAGCCGUUGGCACCUCUCCUGCAAAGUGCUAUUCGGGAAGCAAAAAUUGACCUCAAUGCACUAGAAAUCGGCCUUGAGACGGUUCUUGAAAGCAACCGAGUUCUGGUAACCAUAGACGAUGUCAAUAUGGAAGAUUCUGAUGCCACCGUUGAAAAGGAGAACGUGUUUGCUGAGACCCUGGAAGCGAUUCCCAAAUCUACCAAGCACACUUCUUUUCUUGAAGAACCACAUUCGGCCAUUUUCAGUCAACUGGCACACGCAUUUGUUCUUGCCACUGGGAACAAGCAAAAACAAUCACAAUUUGUUGAUUUACCUAUUUUAAAACGUGAUUCAUCUCUGCAGGGCACUUUGAUUCUCUCCUUCUUCCUGCGAUUUUGUUCUGGACCAUAUCCAUCUGCAAGCAGAGCAUCAGCUAUCCAACUUAUGACGGACUGUCUUACUGAGAAUGCCUCCGCCUGCUUUGAUAUGCAAGUGACUCUUCCAUAUAUAAUAUCGGCGCUCUGUGAUCCGUCGGAGAGGGUCCGAAGAGAAGCAGCUAGCCUGCUGGCCGCUUUUGAACGUAGUUGCGCAAAAAUCAAGAAAGAGGACGAGCACAAGCCCCAGCGUUGCUGGGGAUUCGAGACUCUCUACGGGAAGAGUGAGCUAUCCAAAUAUCUUCGGUGGCUAUCUCCACGAGACGUUUACAAAUUCACCCGUCGAGUCUUAUUGCCUGCUUUGGAGGAGUGCAUACUGGACCCAGCCCAAAUCGGAAGCGUGUUGGAACCCGUCCAAGGAGCGCAUUAA